AACAAAACUUCAAAGCAUCACAAACCUUAUCCUUCCUUCCUCAAAUGCAUCAUCUUUGCUCUCUAUCCCCUCAAACUCCAUUACCAACUAACUAUUUCCUCUUCAACCCCAUUACUAAAACCGAUAAUCCCACUACUAACAAUAACAAUAAUUAUUAUUGUUAUUAUUAUGGUUUAAUUAGGAGAAUUAAUCCAGUAAUUAAACCCAAAAGAGGAAAUAAUUAUCAAAGGUGGAUUUCAAGAGUGGGAAAUGAUGAUUCAGAAUUUGAAGUGGAUACAAAUAAGGCUAGACAAGCUCUUAGUGAUCUUGACCAACAGCUUGAAUCUCUUUCUGUUAAACAAGUCAAUCCUCCUAAAAUAAGAGCCUCAAGCAUUGGCAACUUGAAGGAGCAGGUGAAAAAUGAGCCUCCAGAAAUAACAGAAUCAUUUUUAGGAUAUACAGCUUUUGUAUUUUUUAUGUUCUCAAUAUUUUAUAACAUACUUUUCAUAACAGUAAUUAAACCAUCCAUUGAUGGACCAGAUAAGGAUAUUCUAUCUACUAAUGAUGUUACUAUAGCUUAUCGAGUUCCGGAUUAAUGAUAUUUUGACCUAGUGGUAAAAACUUGAGGCUUGUAUACGAUAGGUCAAAUGUUUGAAUUCUUCUCUCCCGUUUAUAUUUGUACGAUAAGGUUUGUGUAUGAUGUUACUUGUAAUCAUUUUUCAACGUUUCAUAUUCAAUAUAUCUAUCGAGAAGCAAA